UGAGCACUGAGGGCUGACGGUUACUUGUGGUUGAAUUUUCCUUUGUGCUACCAUUUCUAGGCAACCUGGAGAGAUGCCUUGCGAGAAGAGAGAGGUAAUGAUUCCUAUGACCGUGUUUGAAACUAACCCAGAGCCCUAUGCACCACAAGAGGACUGUUGUUGCCCUUCUGCUCCGCCGUAUUCAUGCCAUGAAUCAUCAGCCCCUGCUGAAACAAUCUAUGUGGUGUCUCAGCCGCCAAUCAUUGUAGCAGGAAUCUUUACAAGCAAGCCAGCAGGAACAAUAUGUCCAAGCUGUCGCCAACCCAUUACCACAGAGAUUGUCUACAGAAUGGGUAGACUGACUUUCCUCCUAGUCGCCGCCAUGUGCUGUGUUGGAUGCAAUAUGGGAUGCUGCCUCAUCCCUCUCUUCAUGAAAAGGUUCAAGGACGUAGACCACUAUUGCCCACGCUGCCAGUUUCAUAUCUACAGAUACAAUAGGCUAUAGAAAGCCAAGCCAAGCCAUGGAGACUUUCAAGGCCAAUUCACUUUGUUUUGCUAUGAAUGUAAGAACUCAUAAACGAAUUUCUUUCUGUGAAAUAUGCAAAGGUAGCCCCAAUCCUGCAAUGAAUUCCUCAGAGAUCUCAGCAUCAGGACAUUAGAUUGUUACACUGAGUUUUGAAAACACCUUUAGAAAUAGUUUCAUGUCAAUGUGCCAUACAAGUUUUACUUCAUCAUUUGGAUAUUGUUGCCUUAAGCUGUCAUCUGACUGGUGCAUAAUUAUUUUGGUGCUAUUGUACCUAUUCUUAAAUCCCCAGAUGGAACAUGGAUGGGAUGUAACCUCUCCCAUCCUCGCUCAUGCUUCUAAACCCUCCACUUAUUAGAAAGUUUCAAAAUACACAUUUUAGAUCAGAGUUUAAUCUCUGACCCAUCAAGACCUAUUGGCCUCUGUUUUUGUUAGGCCUAAAGCUUGGGUCAACCUAUCUACAUCACUCAAGGCUGUGAAAAACUUCCCAUGCUGCAUGACGUAGUUAGGUUGACCCAUUGUAGAUGCAUCUAGGUCCAAAGAAGAGGUGGAUUAACUAAGCAACAGAAGCCCUCCUUCCAUCGCUGUAGGAAAUGUCUACACUACAGCAGCACAGCUGCAGCACCGUAGCGCUGACAUAGUCUUAUUCUAAGCUCUUUGGGGCAAGAAAUGUCUUAUGUUUGUACAACACCCAGCACUAG